UGACCUUUGUCUUUAGGAUCUGACACAAACCUCUUGUUGACAAAGUUAAUAUUUUAUCAUAACUUAUCUUUACUCUAGCAGAACUACCUCUGAACUUUGAACACUGAUCAGUUCACGAUCAUAUUCAAGCAGCUAUUUCAAAACCAGGUCUCUUGUCUGUGUGAACUUGUUGCUGCCAAAUGACUUUUGACCAGUUAUCAAAUCCAAGGCUUGAAUUACUUUUUACAAUCGAGUCCUGACACACCAGAGAAACCAGGAAGCAUCUGUUCCUCCCUGAAGAGACGCAGGCUGAAAACCAGACGAUCACAUUCACCUUCCAAACCAAACUGAACCAAACCAGACCAGACGUCCUGAGUGAGUCCAGCUACAGGAGAGAAGAGUCAAACUACAACCUGCCGACGCUCCACACACUGACCCUUCACCUGGAGACUCAAUGGCUUCCAGAUUAGAAGAGGAUCUCUGCUGUGCCGUCUGCCAUGAUGUCUUCAGAGAUCCUGUCAUUCUGUCAUGUAGCCACAGCUUCUGUAAAGACUGUGUGAAGAGCUGGUGGAAAGACAAAGAAGUAAAAGAGUGUCCACUUUGUAAGAGAAGAUCUUCAAGGCGUGAACCACCUGUUAGCCUGGCGUUAAAGAACCUGUGUGAGAGCUUCUUACAGGAGAGAGAUCAGAGCUCUUCACCUGCUCUCUGCAGUCUGCACUCAGAGAAACUCAGACUCUUCUGUCUGGACCAUCAGCAGCCAGUGUGUCUCGUCUGCAGAGAUUCAGAAAAACACACCGACCACAGAUUCAGACCCAUCGAUGAAGCUGCAGCACAACACAAGAAGCAGCUUCAGGAAACUCUGGAGCCCUUGAAGGAGAAGUUACAGAGUUUUGAACGUGUUAAAGUAGAGUUUGAACAAACAGCAGAACACAUUAAGGUCCAGGCCGGACUCACAGAGACGCAGAUCAAGGAGCAGUUUAAAAAGCUUCACCAGUUUCUGGAGGAGGAAGAGGAGGCCAGGAUGGCUGCACUGAGGGAGGAAGAGGAGCAGAAGAGUCGGAUGGUGAAGGAGAAGAUUGAGUCUCUGAGCAGAGACAUAACGUCUCUUUCAGACACAAUCAGAUCCACAGAGGACAAGCUGAGAGCUGAAGACGUCUCGUUCCUGCUCAACUACAAGGCUGCAGUGGAACGAGUCCAGCAGCGCCCCCUGCUGGAUGAUCCACAGCUGGCCUCAGGAGCUCUGAUAGACGAGGCCAAACAUCUGGGCAACCUGAGCUUCAACAUCUGGAACAAGAUGAAGGACCUGGUCUCCUACAGUCCUGUGGUUCUGGACCCAAACUCUGCUCAUCCAGUACUCGUCCUGUCUGAAGAUCUGACCAGUUUGAGACUAGGAGAUGAACAGAAGCUUCCUGACAAUCCAGAGAGGUUUGAUUAUUACGAGUCAGUCCUGGGAUCUGAGGGUUUUAACUCAGGGACUCACAGCUGGGACGUCCUGGUUGGAGACAGUACACACUGGUUAUUGGGUGUAAAAGCAGAGUCUCUCCAGAGGAAGGGAGACGAUCUGUCUGGAUUAUGGGGAAUAUUGUUCUUUGCAGGUGAAUACUCAGCAGUGUCACCAUCAGGAUUCUCUGUUCUCUCUGUGCAGAAGAUCCAGAGGAUCAGAGUGAAACUGGACUGGAACAGAGAAGAACUGUCGUUCUCUGAUCCUGAUACAAACAAACACAUUCACACCUGGACACACACUUUCACUCAGAAGAUGUUUCCAUACUUUAACAUUGGAGAUCACUUGAAGCUGUUACCUGUGAAAGUCUCUGUGACUCUGGAUCAGAGCCGUUAGAGAUAAAGAUUUCAAUCAUCAUGUUUAUUUCCUCAAUAGAAAUCUGCUGAAUUUAAAUGUUAAAUGUGUAACCCAGGUGUCAGAUGAUUUAAAAGUAAUCUAAAAAUAAUAAAAUAAUUUCCGAUGCGCAACUAUAAAUAUCCGGGGUCAGGAGAGUCACUUCCUCUUUCCCGUCUGUUAUUGUGAACAGUGUGGAACAGCGUCCGUCCGAAAACACGGCGUGGAAAAUCUCCGGUAAACUUGUGUCAGAUCAGUGGUGAGUUGCACUGUGUAUUCAUUGUGGAGGAUUCCAGCUAGCAUAGCGUGGUUAAAGUCUAACCUGUGAGUGUAGCUUCAUGCUAACAACAAUACAAAACCCCAUUUGGGAUUCACUUAUCAUUUAGUGAUGAUGUUGGUGUGUAGGUUUGCUUGCACUUAGCCUGUACAGCUUGUCCCUAAUAGCCCUGGACAUAUUUGUUUGCAUUUGGAUUGAAUGUUUUGUUCUUUCUUUAUGGUUAAUUUAUUAACCAAAGGUUUGUGUGUUUUAGCGAUAAUCCUGACGUCUCUAUUUGAGAUUUUGUUUUAUUUUAAGUGAACGAUUUGGAAUUAUUUGUUUUCCUCAAUGACCUUUUGCAGGUCAGGUUUUUUCCCACCUUUAGUCAGAUGUUGCGAGACCCAAACUCUAAAAGUGAUGAACCAAACCUCCUGGCCACUACGAGUGGGAGGAGCAAACUCACCAUAACCCCGUUUUUUUUUUUUUUUUCAUUUUUAACAUUCCAACGUGGAAUAUCCUUGGAUCAACAUAAAUGAUAUUAAUGAACUGAAAAUAGAAACGAGCUGAAAAAUAUACAUUUUUGUUGGAAGUUUGUUUUGCUGUUUAUUGUUUAAGUGCAAAUACAAAUUAUUUUUGAAACCGACCUUUGUCUCCUGUGUCUUCACAUUCACACUUUGAGCUCCAACCGAACCUAGUUGUCCGAAAUCUGCCUGAUCACAUGUGGUUACAGAACAUUAAUGUCUAAACUUAACCUUCAGACUGCGUUCAUGCACAAAACAACACAAUUAUGACACAAUGAACGAUUCGUGUUACACAACUCAUACAUUUCUUCAAACCUCAACUCUGUAGUUUGUGCUUUUCACUUUGAUUUAAAGAUUUAGAAAUCCACUGGGAGUAAUUAUACUUUGUAAAAACGUGAUGAAAUACACAAGCGUAAUGUUGUUUGUGUGGGACACAUCUGUAAAGAGAGGACAGAUGUGUGAAGAGUAAAUCCAGAGUAGAACUGGGCAGCGUGUUUUAAAUCACACGUCUACCAGGAACUAGAUGGAUUCUGUCGUCUUAGAGAAGGAGAUGUUUUCUUCUUCAGACGACAGGAAAACAUGGAUGAAGGGUUGAGUUUGCUCAGCUUGUUAAAACAGGAGCAGAUCGGCUCUGACUGGGAAAUGAUCAAAUGCUGAAGAGUCUCCGAGUUCAGAGAGAAACGUGACAACAAAGAUCAUGAAAGUCCCAAAGCAACAAAUGACAUCAUCCAGAAAGAACCUGAAGGGAAAGAGUUUCUUCUUCUGUUAAUUUACCACAAGCUCCUCGAUUUGGAUUUGCAGGAAUUUCUGAGCUUCAUCAAAAUAUGUUGUGAUGACUUGUUUACAAUCCUGAAUAUAUUCCGGUUCCACACAUCACGUGAUCAGGAUUUCUUAUUCCUGAAAACACGAGGAAAUGCAGUGUAGACAGUUUCCACUGGGAUCCUCAGCAGUUCACCAGUCAAGCCGAUCAGAUGGGUGUGGUUGAGACCACUGAUCAGGACACCACCAGGACAUUGGUUCUGAUAAACAACUACUUCUCUUUACAGUGUUAGUUAUUAUUUAUUCCACGUCAUGAUGUCAUCAGCCAGUUGAAGCAGGAAGCAUCGUUACUGUCAAACGAUCACUGCUCAUCUCCUCUGUGUAUUUAAUCUUUCAUUUAAACAAUUUGAAUGUAACUUGUUAAUUUAAUGGUUAUGAAUGUGAGUAAGUACCCAGUAAAAAAAAAAUCCAAUGUCUCCCUCUGUUGAAUCAGAUUUUUAUUCAAUUAUUCCAAUCUC